CAUUUCACUUCAAAAACAAAACAACCUACUGGUUGGUAGUAAGGAAAGCAUAUUUUUGCCAUAUUUGAAAUUGAAGCAGUCGCCGAACUGCGUUUCUGUAUGUCGGCAGUGAAUAAUUGAAAACCGUCGUUGUUUAUGCUGAUUUUAUCACAGCUAUCAAAACCGUAUGGCACAUUUUAGGCACGAAAGUUCAUAGCAUCCGAAAAUAGUAUUUCACCUAAGGGAUUCAGGUAGAGGAAGAAGUUCGGCAUGAAGUUACAACUGUCGCUUGAUCCGAAGCAAACGGAUGCCAAAACGGAGCAACGAAAGGACACAAUGCAGAAGGUAAUCGGUGAUUCCAAUGAGAAUGAUGAGUUUCAAUGGGUAGAUGAUCGUGGUCGAGAUUGGUCACUGUUCAAACGGUGCCGUCCAUCAUGCAUUCCUAUAACGAUGAUACUGGUUCUGAUCGUGAUGGUAGUUUUAUUGCCACUGCUGGAUCACAAUGAGAAGUUUGCUGAUCAACGCUCGAGACAAAAUCGUCUUCGAAACGAUGUUUGCUCGGAGGGAUGCAACAUUCAGAUAGUGGAGAGCAUUCCGGAGGGAUUGGUUUAUCCCAAAGGAAGUCCUUCAUUUAUGUCCACCUACGAGGCUUGGAAGACUUUGAUCGGUAUGGCGAAGAACUCCAUCGAAAUAGGAUCGUUUUACUGGACUUUGAAUCGUCAAGACGUGUACAAUCACUCGAGUGCUUGGCAAGGGGAAGAUAUCUUCAAACUGCUGCUGGAGACGGGAUUGGCUGGCAAUGUGUCCAUCAAAAUUGCUCAGAGUGCACCGACUUCAGCGAAUCCAUGCGUUGAUACCGAAAUUCUAGCCAAUCGGAAAGCUGCAGAAGUACGAUCGGUAGAUUUCCCUCGCCUUUUUGGAGGAGGCGUUCUUCACACAAAAGUGUGGGUCAUCGAUAGAACUCACUUCUACGUCGGUAGCGCAAACAUGGAUUGGCGAUCGUUGACGCAAGUCAAAGAAUUAGGGGUUCUAGCUACGAAUUGUUCCUGUUUGACGAAAGAUAUUGCUAAGAUAUUCGAUGUUUACUGGGACAUGGGUGUUCCUGAUUCACAAAUUCCUGAACAAUGGCCGGAAGCGUACGCAACGAAGUACAACGCCAAUAACACCCUCUCCGUUGUGUUCAACAACCUUUUUAAGGUGGAUACCUACAUAUCGAGUUCUCCUCCUCCAAUGUCAACCAAUGGCCGUAGUCACGAUAUAGAUGCAAUCCUCAAUGUCAUACAGAAGGCCGAGAGGUUCAUCCACAUAUCAGUGAUGGAUUACGUCCCGUUAACUCUGUAUACUCCCAAAACACGCUAUUGGCCAAUCAUCGAAGACGCCCUUCGCAGAGCAGCAAUCGAUAGGAGAGUUUCAAUAAGAUUACUGAUUUCCUAUUGGAAACACUCCCGGGAAUCCGAGAACCAUUUCCUCAAUUCGAUUCAAGCGCUAUCGGGCUGUAUGAAGGGAGUGAACAUCGAAGUAAAGCGAUUCGUGGUGCCUGCUUCGGAGGAUCAAGAGAAGAUCCCCUUUGGAAGAGUCAAUCACAACAAAUACAUGGUUACGGACAACACUGCCUAUAUCGGAACUUCCAACUGGUCCGGAGACUAUUUCAUCGAUACGGCCGGAAUAGGGCUGGUCAUGUCAUCGAUCGCACCCAACGGAACUAUCGUCAGCGAUCUCCAGGCCAUUUUCGAAAGAGACUGGACCAGUGAAUACGCCAUUCGAUUCGAUUAGUUUAUUUAAAAUGGUUUAUAUACGAUCUAUGUCAUCUUUUACAAUGAAUUCGAUUUAAAAAUAAAUUAGUUUUUUGAGAAA